AUGAUAAUGAAUGAAAUGCAUUGGAAAGCUACAACAAUUCUUAUAUGUGCAUAUGGAAUAGUGAAAGAAUUUCGGCCAGCAACACCUUUCCUUACACCGUACCUCGUUUCAUCUUUCAAAAAUUUCACUGAUGUUGAAUUGUACAGUGAAAUUUAUCCAUUCUGGACAUAUUCAUAUUUAUUUUUUUUAGUGCCAAUAUUUUUUUUAACUGAUAUUUUACGAUAUAAACCGAUUAUUGUAUUAGAAGCUCUUAGCUUGUUUGGUACUUGGGCGCUACUUUUAUGGGGUAAAACGAUAUGGCAUAUGCAAAUUAUGCAAAUCUUAUUCGGUUUAUCAUCAGCUGCUGAAAUAGCUUAUUAUUCGUAUAUGUAUGCUGUAGUUAAUCAAAAAUAUUAUAAACUUAUCACAUCAUAUAUACGAGCUGCUGCUUUGGUUGGCAAAUUUUUUGCUUUUGGUUUUGCUCAAUUUCUUAUAUCAUUUGAAUAUGGUUCAUAUCUUCUUUUAAAUCAGAUAUCAUUUGGUGCAGUUUGUAUAGUUCUUGGAAUUGCUGCUAUUCUACCAUCAAUACCAUCUAAGAUAGCUAAUAAUAAAGUUGUUGAAAGUGUUGACGAUACACCUAAACUUUCUCAUAUUCCAACAAAUUAUGAAGAAGGAUCACGAAAUGAUCAACGAAAUUUUGAAGAGAGAACAGCUUUAAGUACUAAUGCACCAAAUGUUGAUCAUGGAAUAGUUGCCUAUUUUCGCUCCAUUUGGUAUCAUUUUAAAAUUUUCAAACGAGAUAAGAUUGUCCUAAAAUGGAGCAUUUGGUGGGCAUUAACUAGCUGUGGUGUUUUUCAGGUUAUGAACUAUGUACAAACAUUAUGGGCUACAAUGCAAACAUCUUCUGAUAUUUAUAAUGGUAUUACUGAAUGUGCUAAUACUUUUAUUGGAGCAUUUAUAAGUUUUUUGGUACAAUAUAUGAACGUGAAUUGGUCAAAACGAGGUGAACACGUACUGCUAAUAACGUCAGCGUUUAUUGCUAUUCUACUUAUUAUUAUGUCUCAAAUAGAAAUUGUCUACGUAACUUACGUGUUAUAUGUUAUUGUGAUAACCAUUUAUAAUUUACUGAUAACGGUUGCAAGUGUGAAUAUAGCAAUGCAAUUAGAUUCUGCAAGUUAUGGUUUAGUAUUUGGUUGGAAUACAUUUUUAGCAUUAUUAUUACAAACUAUUCUUACAUUUGCAGUAGCGGAUAAACAUGGUUUCUCGUUAUCAAUUCGAACUCAGCAUUCAUUAAAUUUAACUUUAAAUUGGUUAUGCAAUGUGGCCAAUUUUCCAAAUGUUCAUCGAAGGCUUCUAAUAUUUGCAUUUGAUCGUUUAACUUAUAGCACAAUUCGGACAAUAUGGCCAGAAAUUAAAGUUAUCUUUUGGCCAUUACCACAAAUGCAUUUACCAUUUCAAAAAGGCAAUGAUCGUUAUCAAAUGUUACAAUAUUUUCGUGCAAAAUUAUGCACAUAUUUGGCUAGCAUUAAUCGUGAUUUCUGGAUGAUUCAAGCAGAUACUUAUUGGCGUAAAAAUUUAUUCGAAAUUAUAAAUACACGUCAGAUGUUAGAUUUAAAUGGAAAUUUACUUUUUGAUCAGGAAGGUGACAGAGGAUUAUUGGCUAAAAUGAUUGCUGGUGGUUAUUUUUUUGUUAAAGCAGGCAUCAAAUCAGAAUGCUUUUUUAAAGAACUUUCAAGACAAUUGGAAAAUUAUUAUGCUACAGAUAAUAAUAUUAUGGGAGCAUUGUGUUUUACAAAAUAUUGUAGUAAUCAAUGUGCAUUCAUACCUUACAGUUUAAUUAGUAACUGGCGAUGGCAUUGGAGUAACAAAACAUAUAUUCCAGCAUUACUCCAAUUUGAUGGUGGUUCAAGUUCAAAACAAAAACUUGAUAAUAUGAAAAAUCUUGGAGCAGAAUUUGUUAAUAUUACCAAAAUUAGGCAAUAUUAUCAAGCAAAAUGCUUUAUGCAUAAGAUAAUAACACCAGAAAAUGCCAUACCGGAAUGGCGUUUGAAAGCAGAAGAAACUGAUAUCACGAAAAAACAACAAUUAAUCGUUUUUAUUCAUCAAAUUUGUGAAUGGUUAAAUGAAAAAAUACCAAAAUUUGAUUAUAUUUUACAUGUGUACAUAUUUCCUUACUAUUCUUACUAUAUUUUAUAA